AUGUUCAAAUCGGUGAAACGUGCAAGAUUGGCUUCAGAAACUUCGAAAGAUUGGCUCGAAAUGCCACCGGAAAUGCGAGAAAUGGUUAUCAAAAGAAUGGAUGAGAAAACGUUGUGUCAAUUUUCAGCUUGCUCGAAAUUGUCGCGCGCUGGAGCCAAGCGAUCAGGAAAAUUUAUGAGUGGUAUUAUCUUUGGAAAUAAUUCAUUGGACAUCAAACACGGUUCGCAUUGUGCUUAUCGUCUCGAAUUUAUUGAUGUUCCUGAAAGCGCAAUCGACCAAACAAUGGUGCUGUACAAAACGUAAGUUUCUAAGUAGCUAAUUAAUUUUUGCAAAUAUUUUUUUUCAGAAGAAUACCAGCAGCACCUGAACAAUUCGGAAAUUGUGUAUUUAUUGUGAAAUGGGGCGAAGUUGUUAAUGGAACGCCACAAGAACUUCGAGAAAAAUAUAUUAUUGAUCAUUUUCGAAAAUACGGAGAUAACAUUCGAGAAUUUGUAAUCGAGGUAUAAAACUAAUCCAAUAAUACGUUUAAAUAUUACAAAUUUAAGUUUUUCAGGAUAAAUCAUGUGCACCGAAUGGGAUCGAUUUCAGAAGUUUGAAAAAUCUCGAAAUAAUUGAUCUUGCAUUCUGCGGCGAUUUGUUCGAAGGAAUUGAAAUGAAUCAAGUUUGUUUCAACGAAAAAUAUAUUUUCUGCUCAAUAAAAACACUUUCCAGCUUUUGAAUGCGAAAAAUAUCAACUCAUUCAAUCGCCUCUUCACAUUUGAUCAAUUCAUUCAAUUCAAUGGUAACUGUGCUUCCAUUAAAAUGCAUCAAUUUAAUGAAGAAACAAUCACCAGAUAUUUGAAUAUUUUGAAAACUUCUGACGUUCAUAAAAAUCUCAAAGAAUGCACGAUUUCAAUUGCGGACUCGAAUAAAAGAUUUCCGACUGCUGGAUUUUAUAAGGACUUAUCCAAACAUUUCACUAUAAAAUUUUCAAAAACUACUGAGUAAGGAAGUUAUGCAUUAUUGAAAAUAUUUCAAAUUUGUUUUUUUUUCAGAGACGAAUCGUAUCUGUCGAUUAGCUUGAACUUUGCAAAAAUAUCUAUAAUUUUUUUUGGAGGUUUACAAGGAAAGGUUUUCAAUGUUCCCCCAAGGAAAAAAUCGAGAGUAUGUGGAAUGUUGAGGGUUCCCAUGGGUAAGAAAAACCCUAACGGGAAUAAGGAGAAAAAUGCCUUGUUUUAGAAAAUUUUGGUGUUAUUGAUUUUUGCCAUGAAAUUUUUCAGAAAAAUCGAAACUUUUUUCAAAAUUGAUGAAAAAUUUCAGUCUAAAAAUCCAUUUGUAGCGCAAACGGCGUACUUUAGUAUUACUUCGACUAAAGUUAGGAAUAAAAUAAUUUUGGUCCCAAAAGUCCACUAAAUCAAAAAUCCAGUUUGAAAAAUUCAUAGAAAAUCAACGUUUUCGUUGUGAAGGAGAAGUUUGUGUGAAUCGAGACUAUGAUUUUUGGAUUCUACGGACCAAAUUACGUCUGUUGACCGUCAUAUAUUUUUCAAGUUCCGUUCAUUUGAAAAUGGAAAAAAUUAUUUUUUGUGUUUUUUGGUGACCAUUUGAUCAGAAAAACCCCGACUAAAAAAACCAAAUUUCAAAAAAUGUCUAAUUUUUUGAUAAAAAGUUUCACAAACACGUAAUCGACCAUUCUGAACAACUUCCACGACUCAAAAUUUCAUGAAAUAGAUUCAAAAUCGAGUUACAGAUGCUCUAAAAAUCAAAAAAUGGUGUAAAAAUCGACCUAAAAUACAUUUUUCUCGAGAAUAAGGCAUUUUUCUCCUUAUUCCCGUUAGGGUUUUUCUUACCCACGGGAACCCUCAACAUUCCACAUACUCUCGAUUUUUUCCUUGGGGGAACAUUGAAAACCAUUCCUUGUUAGUCAGAAUUGAUCGCACAGAAAAUAAAUGAUGAUAUGGAAUGA